UCCGGAGGUUGUUUUCAACUUCGAGAACAACACAUGCGGCUGGACGCUUGGCCGCAGCAACGGUGCCGCUUGGCGCCGUGUGAGCGCCUCUAACGCGGCCGUGGCACCAACAAACAACUCCCGUAUACUUUUCCUCUUCACCAACGAUGUCGUCUCCAGCACUGUGAUGGCCACCAGUCCCCGCAUGCUGGCCACCACAACAGGCGAGGUUUACAUAGCAAUCAAUUUCUUCAUGAAAGGCUCCAGGGAUUAUCCAGCCUUCCUGAAGUUACGGCGUGCAACUUCGUACACGACAUUCGAUGACGAGCCCGCGCUGUCACUUGACGGCUUCGGCGAACAGAACAACCAGAAGUGGAUCAACCACGGGGGCGUAUUCAGAGGCAUUGCCCCUGGGGAUGAGUUCUACAUUGUUCUUGAAGGCUCGGUGGGCAUGGACAACUUAGUGAACCAAGUGGCGGUUUCCAAAAUAGUGAUCACCGGAGCCAUCCCGUACCCAACGCCUGAGCAGGAAUUCUUCGACUUCUCUAAUGGAUUACCAGGGUGGACGGUGGGCAACGCUGACGGUGGCAAGUGGGUGGUUGAGAACUACCUGGACAUCGACGGAGACUACAACAUGCCUCCUCCCAGCUCCGGCAACAACGUCCUCAGGGUAGACAGGUUCGACGUGCAUAGCGGUGUGGUGAGCAUCGAUUCACCCAUGAUCUCCCUGGCACCUGGCACCAGCAAGCAUCUCAACAUCAGGUUCUGGAUGCGCGGCAGCCAGUCUUAUCCUUCGUCUCUUAGGGUGCGACGUAAGACUCCCGACGGUGUUUACGACUACCUGCCAUUCCUCGACCUCAGCAUGUUCGGCGACGUAAACAACCAAGACUGGACGGAGCUUGAAUCCGACUACCGCAUUCCCCUUGACGGGAUAGAGGAAUAUUUCCAGCUGGUGAUUGAAGCAGACCUCGGCAGCGGCAUCACCAACGCCGUGGCUAUCGACUUCAUUUCCAUUGAAACGCGACAGGUCGACGGCUGAGCUCUGAUCCCUUACCGCAUUUCAUACACUUAUCAACUUUGAAUUAUUCAUUCAUUAAAAAGUGAAUAAAGU